AUGAUCUCAGAAGCAUGGCAUCUACCAAUUCAUCAACCUCUACCACCGAGCCGUCAGGGCGAUCAGCUGAAAUGGGGAGAUGAGAUAGAGUACACAGUGGUAAAGUUUGACCACAAGCAUAAGAAGGUUAGGGUCUCAUGUCGUGCUGAGGAGUUGCUUUCACGGCUACAGGCUCAAGAAGAGGUUUGCUGCUGA